AUGACAGCUGAGACUGAUAACACUCCGAAUGGGAUUCGUAAUUCGCCCGAGCCGAUCAGUACGAAGCUGUUUCUAUCCGACGAGGAUGCGGUCAAGCAUGACGUCUCCGGGAGUGUGAUGGACGGUCUGAUAAUGGAGGUUAAAGAUUCAUACACGGUGUACAGGACGAGAUGGGUGAUGCUCGCGUUGUUUGUACUGUAUUCAGCGUCGAAUUCCCUACAGUGGACUCAGUAUACGAUAAUAUCGGAUAUAAUUGUGAAGUACUAUGGUGUUACGAGCAAUAUUGUGUCAUGGACGUCUAUGGUGUAUAUGAUAACGUAUGUGCCUUUGAUAUUUCCGGCGAGCUGGCUGCUGGAUAAAACGGGCCUCCGAAUAACGACCAUCAUCGGUUCAUUCGGAACAUGCGCGGGUGCAUGGCUGAAAGUGUUCUCAGUGUCCCAGGACAUGUUCUGGCUAGGCUUCGUGGGUCAGACCGUGGUGGCGGUGUCCCAGGUCUUCAUAUUGAACGUGCCUCCAAGACUGGCGGCUGUCUGGUUUGGAGCCGAUCAAGUGUCGUCAGCGUGCAGUAUCGGAGUAUUUGGAAAUCAACUCGGCGUGGCCCUUGGUUUUCUCCUGCCCCCAAUGAUAGUACGAGCUCAGGGCACCAUCGAAGAGAUCGGCGCUGAUCUACAGUUAAUGUUUUACCUCGUCGCUGGUAUUACUAGCGUGCUCUUCGUGUUUAUCCUACUCUUCUUCAAGGCAGCACCUAAAUCCCCACCAUCUGCGGCCGCCGACUUCGGUUCCAGUCUAGACUCGAACUUCCUGCAGUCCAUAAAGAAGCUACUCACCAACCGCAACUAUAUUCUACUUCUGAUCUCCUACGGUAUCAACGUCGGUGUCUUCUACGCGAUCUCCACGCUCCUAAAUGAACUCGUGCUCACUUACUAUCCGGGUGCAAACGAAGAUGCGGGGCGAAUAGGUCUAGUGAUCGUAGUGGCCGGUAUGGUCGGGUCGGUGGUGUGCGGUUUGAUCCUGGACAAAACGCACAGAUUUAAAGAGACCACGCUGGCGGUAUAUGCCGCUACGGUGAUUGGAAUGGUCAUUUUUACCUUCACCUUGGACUGUGGAUAUAUUGGCGUUGUUUACUUCAGCAGUAUCGUACUUGGAUUCUUCAUGGCCGGCUAUUUACCCGUCGGGUUCGAGUUUGCUUCAGAAGUCACUUAUCCCGAACCAGAAGGGACCACUUCUGGCAUUCUUAACGCUUGCGUUCAGGUCUUCGGCAUAAUCCUAACACUGCUAUUUGAAUGGAUGCUAGGCGCUGUAGGUGACCGGUGGGCUAACCUAGCCAUGUGCGCCCUACUGGCUCUUGGUACAGUAGUCACUGCUGCCAUACGUUCCGACCUUCGACGGCAAGCUGCUCAAAACAAGGAAUAAACAAGCUUAAAAUAACAAAGAAAACUAAAAUUGGUUAUU